CUCGUUUUAGUGUAUAUGUUCAAAAAUUGCCGUCGGUCGUCACAGUCGCAUAAAAAACUGGCAGAUUAGAUACAAAAAUUGAAAUUUCUUUGAGUUAAAAUUAUGAGUAAAUAGAAUGAUAAGGACAGCAAAGGAUAAAAUUGCGAAUGAUAUUUCAAACAUCAAAUACAGGAAUACUGUUGUGCUGAAGUUUUGAUUAAUCAGUCAUGGAUCUAAUUGUACAAUUGAACAAUCAAACCGCCGGGAGAGACAAAAUCAUAAGAUUACUGCAGUACUGUGCUCGUGCUGGUUGGUAUUAUUCCCGGAGCAACGCUUCUCACUCGUCAGACAUUCUCAAAAGUUUGGAAUAUACUUUCAGUUCAUUCCGAAAACUACUUCAUUUUGGACGAUGUCUCGACAGUUUAUAUGGGGUUUUGAACGUCAUGCAACAUCCAGAUGUUGCGAUAAGAAUAACAAUGACUCUUUCAAGAAUAACAAAUGCUCUCUUUCUUCUGGCCGAUCAUAUCAUUUGGCUGGGAAGAGCAGGAGUAACAAGAGUCAAUCUGGAGAAGUGGACAUCAAUAUCGCAUCGUUAUUGGCUCCUCAGUAUCCUCAUGAACCUGACGAGAGAUCUUUAUGAAAUUUCAAUAAUAUUCCAAAAGUUCAACAGUUCACAAGUCUCUAGAUUUUGCAGCCGCUCGAGAUAUAUCAAUUUUUACGAUCGCAAGGCUUUAGCAAUAUUGACCAGUCGUAGAGAUCUGCUUUUAGACACUAUUAGAAACAGUUGCGAUCUAUUUAUUCCUCUCUCUGCCUUGGGAUACACAAAAUUGAGUCCCGGCACUGUCGGCUUACUGGGAGUUAUUUCAUCCGCGGUUGGAAUUUAUUGCCUUGCUUAUCCCCUCUUCAAAUUACCGGCUUCUUGAAAUGUCAGUAAUCUUUUGUAUUAUUUUUGUAAAGUAUUCACUUUGGCGGUGCAGAGAGGUUUUUUAAUGGUUAUGGUGUUGAAAAAUUAUAUAUAUGUAUAUAGCAUAUAAAGUAUAUUUAUUAAACAUUCCUCAGGAAGUAUUCAGUCACCGGAAUGUCAAACUAUUCCAAGUUUUUUAUGAAAUAUAAAAAAAUAUCAGUCUUAA